AUGGACGAGGACUUCGAUCAGUUGAUCAAGAGAUGCGCGGUCUUGCUGAGCUCGGAGGUCCCUGAAGAAAUCAACAGAGGCGUUGAGAUUCUACAAAGCUUCUUCGUCAUGAAUGAGGGCGAAGGAAAGAAGCUUGGAUUUGCGAGGAUUGCUCAAGAGAUUACAGCAUACCAUGGGGGCGUAGUCUUGAAUCAACUUUGGAUCGGCACGCUCGGGCAGGUUCCACGCCAGGAUGACUUCACAGCAUUUAAGUUUAUGGUUGUCUACGGUACGGCGCUUGCCUAUCUCUCUUCCAGCAAGGUUUUUGUUGAAAGAACUUUGAGGUUGUCUGCAAUAGGAGCAAAAGAAAGACAGGCUGCUUGCAAGAUCUACCGCGAAUUGUCCGGUUUGUUCGUCGAAGAAGCGCGCUUGCUUCAGAAAGGCGAAGAGACAUAUGAAGAGCUCAAUUUUCGAGUGAUGAUGACGGCCCCUCUGCAAAUUGUGGCCAACUUUGCACGGGGUUCAGAAGCCUUCCGAGAAGCGAUGCGGGAAGUUGCAGAGCAGCAAAGCCUUUUCGACUACCUUGGACCUCUCCUUUCACAGGACUUCCUCAAUAAGCUACCUGCUGAAGAUUCAUUCGGUGUCCGUGCUUGGAUGACUCGAUUGGUGACGUCGCUUGCGUUCGCCGCCGACAGCCAGCUCUGGGCAUUAGAGAGGGGCCUCCUCAAACUGAUUGCAGCAAUCUACGAAGCCUCGCCCCUAGAGGAAUCAAAACGGAUUGGCUCUCCGUUCGUGCGAUGCACUGCACUCCUUCUCUACUUACUCGAGAUGGAGGCCACUGCAGAAAGGAUGCGCGUGCACAAUGCACUCUCAGGUUUCAAGCCCCACAAGCAGAAGAUCAACUGUUCAGAGCUGCCCUUCAAGCCUUGGCGACACAUUGAAGCGAAGCUGCGAAAGUACCCGGUGACGAUGAUGACGCAACCGCGCUGCCCUGAGCAGUGGAAGGUCAGAGCGGAAACAGGUGUUGGACACGAAGCAGUUGGAACUCCGGUGGUUUGCUCGUGGAAGCUGUGCAAGGCAGGCCCUGAGCCCGUGAUUGGGAAGAAGUUUGGCAAGUGCGCGAUCUGUCAAGUAUCACGUUACUGCAGCAAAGAUCACCAGAAGCUACACUGGCCAACUCACAAGGUUCACUGCCAAGCGGGCGCGACCCGUAAGCCGGCUUCUUAG